CGGCCACACUUUCACCGCUGUUAACGGCAAGUACGCAGGUCCAGGUUACAGAGUGGGCGUGAGCAGCUGUACUUGGUUCACCUCCCUGCACGCUGGGUGUCGCUCAGUCUCUGGCGAAGGUAUGGACCGUGCCGUAUUCUCGUGGUUCUCCUUCUACAGCACCCUUCUCAUCCUGAAGAUGUAUUCUGUGGCUGUCAUCACCGGACAGCUGCGUCUCCGCCGCAAGGCCUUUGCCAACCCCGAAGAUGCACUGAGGCACGGCGGUUUGGAUUUUCAUCGAACUGAUCCUGAUGUUGAGCGGGCCCAAAGAAUGCAUCGCAAUGAUAUGGAAAACAUCUUUCCUUUCUUGUUCCUUGGUGCUGUCUACUCGCUGAUGGAGCCCAACCUCUACGUUGCCCACAUCCAUUUUCUGGUCUUCUUUGUGGCUCGUUUGGUCCAUAGCAUUGCCUACCUGUAUGCUUUGAAAGCUCCGACCCGUUCACUAGCUUACAGCAUUGGACAAAUUCCCUGCGUAUCCAUUGCUCUGCAGAUCCUUGUCAACAUCGUAGCCCAUUGGUAGACCCAUCCUGACGACGUCGUGGCACACAUUGCAGCCCAUUGGUAGACCCAACCUAAAGAGAUUGCAGCCCAUUGGUUGAUCCAACCUAAAGACAAUACCCUUGGGCAUAUUAUUGCUAGAGAUCGAUUGGACCCAAGACUGGAAAAACACGUGAUUGUGAUGUUGCUUGCACUUUAUAGAUUUGGGAGCAGUUAUGAUGCAAAGUUUUGCUUCAGUAUAUAUACAAAGAUGUUAAAAUGAAGUACUGCUUUACUUGACCAUGUUUAUCUGCAAGAUUGCCAACAACUGCUACAAAAGUAAAAUAUUUACCUCUA